AUGGACGAGUUAAAAGGGAUGAUUGGUGAAAUACAAGGAAAGAAGGGGGCUCGCAAAUGCACAUACAAGGAAUUUAUGGCGUACAAUCCUCUACCCUAUAAAGGAGAGAUUGACCCUAUAUCAUGUCAAAGGUGGAUCGCAAGUACGGAGGCGGUGUUCGUAAGGAGCCACUGUGAAAAGGAAGAUCAAGUAAUGUUUGCAACCGGUUUGUUACAACUGCAAGCUAAAGACUGGUGGGAUGCUUACAGUAAAGAAAUUGGUGAAGAUAAGGUUCAAGUGUUGACAUGGCAAGAGUUUAAGGAACCUUUCCUAAAGUACCACUGUCCACAAUCUGCCAUUGACAGGAUCCAAGAAGAUUUCUUACAUCUUCAUCAAAAAGACGAAACAAUUGAUGAAAUCACCAACACUUUUCUUGACAAGCUGAAAUUCCGUAAAGAAAUAGCGGGAACGGAAAGAAUAAGGGAGAUUGAACUAAGAAGACAAGGAGAAAGAGGUGAGAAGAGAGUGUCUGAGAAUGUUCCCAGCUUAAGCCCGUCAAAGAAACAGAGAUUUCAAGAUCAUGGCAAGAAGGAUAAGGCGAAAGGUAGCAUUCCGAAAUGCAAGACUUGUGGAAAGCUACACAUGGGGGAGUGCUUGAAAGGGAAUAAGGGUUGUUAUAAUUGUGGUCAAGAGGGAUAUCCAUACUAUAAAUGUCCUAAUCCUACCAGAGCAUGUUAUAACUGUUUCCAACCGGGUCAUAUUAAGGCUGAAUGUCCCAAGCUUCAACAGAAAACCAAUAAGGAAGUAAGAAAGGAGGAAGUCCCAAGAGCUAAGGGGAGGAUGUUUCAGAUCUCGACCGAAGAAGCAAAGGACCACCCGAAUGUUGUGUCAGGUAUAUUCUUAUUGAACUUGAUACCUACGUAUGUGUUAUUUGAUAUUGGAGCCAGUAGAUCAUUUGUAUCAAGUGAAUUAGUAUCACACCCCUCUUUUAGAAUCGAAAGAAUGAAUGUCCCAUUAGAAGUAGAAAUAGCGGAUAGUAAGAGUUAUUUGUUGCACGAAGUUUGUAAAGAUUGUGAAAUCAUCGUUGAAGAUGAGAAGUUUGCCAUUGAUCUUAUUCCCAUGGUAUUGGGAGAAUUCAAGUUUGUAGUUGGCAUGGAUUGGUUAGCCAAACAUCAUGCCGAAAUCCAAUGCGAGAAGAAGUAUGUGCGAAAUGGAAGCAAGGCGUUUCUAACUUACGUGAUAGAUACUAACCAGAAUACCCCCAAGAUAGAAGAAGUUGAAGUUGUGAACGAGUUUCUUGACGUAUUUCCGGAAGAUUUGCUGGGGCUUCCACUAGAACGUGAAGUGGAUUUUAAGAUUGAAUUGUAUCCCGAUGCCAAACCCAUAGCCAAAGCUCCUUAUAGGUUGGCCCCAACUGAAAUGCGGGAGUUAAUGGUUCAGAUACAAGACAAAGCCGAACAUGCAUGCCAUUUACGCGAAAUUCUUGAAGUGCUCCGCAAGGAGAAAUUGUACACGAAAUUCUCUAAGUGUGACUUCUGGCUUAGAGAAGUACAAUUUCUCAGUCAUGUGAUUAGUGCGGAUGGUAUCUUAGCAGAUCCGUCAAAAGUGGAAGCUGUUAUGAAAUGGGUGCCACCAAAGAACCCAAGCGAAGUGAGAAGCUUUUUGGGUUUAGCAGGCUAUUAUAGGAGGUUUAUUCAAGACUUUUCUAAAUUAGCCCUGCCGUUGACCAAGUUAACCAAGAAGAAUGAGAAGUUUACAUGGGGUACAGAUCAAGAGAAGGCGUUUCAAACUCUGAAAGAGAAACUGUCGAGCACCCCGGUAUUAACCCUACCUGAUGGAACGGGAGACUUGGUGGUGUUUACUGAUGCAUCACACCAAGGGUUAGGAUGUGUCUUGAUGCAAAGGGGUAGAGUCAUUGCUUAUGCUUUAAGGCAAUUGAAACCACACGAAGGUAAUUAUCCAACCCAUGAUUUAGAAUUAGCAGCAGUAGUGUUUGCUUUGAAGAUAUGGAGGCAUUAUCUAUACCGAACAAAAAGCACAAUUUAA